CGCUUAAUUGACUCGGCCGCGGAGGGGCUCGGAGCCAGGAGGACGGGCGAGCCCGGCGGAGGAAGGAAGGAAGGAGGCGCCGCCCGGGAGGAGAGGAGGCCCCGCGGAGCAGCUCCGGGAGGAGACGGCGGGAAGGCUCGGCAGGGAUGAGCCGAAGGGGACCUGGAGAAAGGAGGCCGCCUGGAGGGAGAAGCGGGGAGCAGGAAACGGGCGGAGACCCCGAGACGGGCCUGGAGGGCGGAGGGUCCUUCAGAAGAGGCGGGAGACCCGGGAAUCCCCAGAAAAUCCAGGAGGGAGGAGAGAAAUAUCAGUGCUCGGAAUGUGGAAAAUCCUUCAAAAGAAAUGGAGAUCUUAAAAAGCAUCUAAUAAUCUACACAGGAGAAAAACCAUUUAAAUGCCCAGAAUGUGGAAAAUCUUUCAAAAGAAAUGCAGAUCUUAAAAUGCAUCUAAGAAUCCACUCAGGGGAAAAGCCAUUUAAAUGCCUGGAGUGUGGAAAGAGCUUCAGUCAGAGGGGAAACCUUUAUACACAUGAAAGGAUCCAUUCAGGAGAAAAGCCACAUAAAUGCCUGGAGUGUGGAAAGAGUUUCAGCAGGAGAGGAAAUCUAUAUAGUCAUCAAAGGAUCCACACUGGAGAGAAACCUUAUAAAUGCCUGGAAUGUAGAAAGAGCUUCACUCGGACAAGAGGCCUUUAUAGACAUCAAAGGAUUCAUACUGGAGAGAAAACGGGCGGAGACACCGAGACGGGCCUGGAGGGCGGAGGGUCCCUCGGGACAGGUGGAAGACGCAGGAAACAAAACAAAAGCCAGGAGGGAGGAGAGAAAUAUCAGUGCCCGGUAUGUGGAAAAUCCUUCAAAAGAAAGGCAAAUGUUGAAAGGCAUCUAAAAAUCCACACAGGAGAGAAACCGCAUAUAUGCCUGGAGUGUGGAAAGAGCUUCAGGGAGAGGAGCAGCCUUUAUGUACAUCAAAGGAUCCACACUGGAGAGAAACCACAUAAAUGCCUCAAGUGUGGAAAGAGCUUCAGUGUGAGGGGAAAUCUUUAUACACAUCAAAGGAUCCACACUGGAGAAAAGCCAUAUAAAUGCCUUGAAUGUGGAAAGAGCUUCAGUCGGAUGGGACAUCUUUAUAAACAUCAAAGAAUUCACAUUGGAGAAAAAACACAUAAAUGCCUGGAGUGUGGAAAGAGUUUCAUUCAUAGGAGCAACCUUUAUGUACAUCAAAGGAUCCACUCAGGAGAGAAACCGCAUAAAUGCCUGGAGUGUGGAAAGAGUUUCAGUCAGAGAGGACACCUUCAUGCACAUCAAAAGAUUCACACUGGAGAGAAACCACAUAAAUGUCUGGAGUGUGGAAAAUGCUUCAGGCAGAGGGGAAACCUUCAUGCACAUCAAAGGAUCCACACAGGAGAAAAACUGCAUAAAUGCCUGGAGUGUGGAAAGAAUUUCAGUCAGAGGGGGAACCUUUAUGCACAUCAAAGGAGCCACACUGGAGAAAAACCGCAUAAAUGCCUGGAGUGUGGAAAGAGCUUCAGUCAGAGGAGCAGCCUUUAUUUGCAUCAAAGAAUUCAUACUGGAGAGAAACCUUAUGAGUGCCUGCAGUGUGGAAAGAGCUUCAGUCGGAGGGAAAGCUUUUAUAUACAUCAAAGAAUCUGCGUAGAAGAGAAAACCUAUAAAUGCAUGGAAUGUGGAAAGAGCUUCAGUGGGAGGGCAAAACUUUAUACACAUCAAAGAAUCCACACUGGAGAAAAGCCAUAUAAAUGCCUUGAAUGUGGAAAGAGCUUCAGUCAGAGGGGAAACCUUUAUACACAUCAAAGAAUUCACAUUGGAGGAAAAAAAUAUAAAUGCCUGGAGUGUGGAAAGCGCUUCAGUGGGAGGGGAAGUCUUUCUAAGCAUCAAAGAAUCCACACACGAGGAAAAACCAUAUAAAUACUUUCAGUGUGGGGAAUUCUUCACAACAAGCACACAUCUGUACUGUGUCUGAAUACAAUGAGAAAUUCUUCCUGAAUCUGAAUUCACCUGGGAGAAAACCCCUAAAAAUUCAUGGUGCGUGGAAAAGGUUCACUCAAAAUAGGUCUGAAUAAAAAUUACAAAUUUACACUCAGCAGAAAGUUUAUAAAUGCACCCAGAGUGUGCUGAAUCCUUCAGAACAAAUGGCAGUGUCAGCUCCCCAUAGAUCCCUAUAGGGACGCUG